UAGCAUCUUCUUCAUUUUCCUUCAAAUUUAAAACUGAUCUCCUCCGAUUUCUCUCUAUCUCUCAAUCUAAAUCCAAAAAUCUAUUGCCGCGAACAGUGAGAUGCAUAGCUCACUGGAGACGACGGCUCCGGCGACGUUGGAGCGACGAGUUUUACUUGGAACAGAAUCAGCAGAGUCAAUGCUUGGGGACAAACUGGUUUUAAAAGGGUUGAAAUUUUACGGUUUCCAUGGAGCCAUUCCUGAAGAAAGGACACUGGGGCAGAUGUUUCUUGUUGACAUUGAUGCGUGGGUGAGUCUGAAGAAGGCCGGUGAAUCAGACAACUUAGCAGAUACAAUCAGCUAUGUCGACAUUUUCAGCCUAGCUAAGGAAAUUGUUGAAGGGUCACCAAGAAACCUUCUCGAGGCAGUUGCGGAACUCAUCGCCUCCAAAACGCUUGAGAAAUUCCCUCAGAUAAACGCUGUUCGAGUGAAGCUCUCGAAGCCAAAUGUUGCACUUAUUAAGAGCACCAUUGAUUACUUAGGGGUCGAGAUUUUCAGACAGCGAAGCACUAGUUCAAGGAACUGAAUAACCCUCAAAAAUUUGUGUCGAUAAUCUCUUGUCGGGACUUAUAUCCAUGAAUUUUUCAUGUACAUCUUCAUAUCCAAAAAGCUUUGAACAAUGUUAUGAGCUAAUCUAGAUGUUCAAUAUUUCCUUUCCUUUC